AUGAUAGACAACCAUACUUUACAAGGAUAAUCUGGCAGAUCGUUAUUAGAUAGUGGAUCAAGAUAAAAGGAAUAAACAAUUGCCAAAAUCAAAAAGGCUCUACAAAACAAUAAAGAAACCUUGCGAACAUUGAGAGCUACAGAUUUAGUUUCAGAUAAUCCAAAAUUAAAUCGCACAGGCCAAUCCCAAAUUAAAUUGUCACAUUACGGUCCUCAAUACACAGGCAAACCUCCUAAGAAUAAGAAAAACAAAGAUGAAAGUCCUUUUCUCUUGGAUUCAUAAUCAGUGGUAGAAACUGAUGGGUUUAGUAAUUAAGCUUGGAAGAACUACCCUCUAGAGAUUUUGAUGAUAAUUUUAAGAUUUAUUAGUUUCAUAACCAAAUCUAACUUUGCUACAAGUUUCAGACUCAUAAAUAGAAAUGUUUUUGACAUCAUUGGAGACAAGUCAGCCUAUUUUAGAUAUUAUUUAUUUAAUGAUUAUUUCAAAUAUGAAAAACCAAGUCCAUAUGAAAGAAUGAAAUACUAAUUAAAUCAAUAAGUAUUUGUCCCACUUAGAAAGCUCAAGGUUUACAAUUAUUUAAACAAAAACAAAUUAAUACUGCGUCCCGAGUCGAUAAUAGCAAUAGCUUGGAAUAUUUACAUAUUGACCAUUUUGAACAUGAACGUACUCUAUGUGAGUGCCAGAGUGGCAUUUAAAUUUGACACAAGUAAUUCAUUGGAUGAUAGUUUUCAAUAAUUUAGAUGGGUGUUAUUUGAUGUACUCCCUUCAUAUUCUUUUAUUUUGGAGAUCCUAAUAAAGUUUAACACUUGCUAUUACUACAAGGGAACUGUGAUAGAAAAUAGAUACCUCAUAGCCAGGAAUUACAUACGAACAUCCUUUUUUUUUGAUAUUUUUGUUAUCAUCCCCUUCUUCUUAAGUCUUAGAUUUUAAUUGGACUAUUUGGAUUUGGUCCUUAUUCUAAAAGUCUUUUAGAUUACUAAAUUUAGUGGAAAUUUGUUUGAUAGACUUGAACUCACAUCAAGUUAAAUUGCAAUAUUCGAUUUGGUUAAAUUAGGAUACACCAUUUUGGCUGUGGCUCAUUUUUGUGCUUGUCUAUGGUUUCUAGUUGGUACAACAGGAAGUGAUUAAAACACUUGGGUUAUAAAAAAUGAAUUGUAAGAUGAACCUUGGCAUGCAUAAUAUUUAACAUCAUUCUACUUUAGUAUAGUAACCAUGACUACUAUCGGGUAUGGUGAUAUAACUCCAUAGAAUUUAAGAGAAAGAAUAUUCACAAUUGGUAUGACUGUGGCUGCUGUUGGUAUUUUUGGAUACUCAAUUGGUAACAUUAACAAUAUUUAUGCUGAUUGGAGUAGAAAGACUUACGAAUUUAGACAAAAUAUGAAUGAUCUAAAGAAAUAUAUGAGAUUAAAGGGACUUGAUAAACAUUUGGCUGAAAAGAUUAGAAAGUAUUUUGAGUAUAUUUGGUAUGAUGCAGAAGAAGAAAAUGACAGAGAAGCCUUUAGAUUUGCAGAAUAAAUUCCAGCCUAAUUAUUGGAGGAGAUGAAAAUAGAUAUCAAUAUGAAGAUUGUUAAGAAGAUCAAAUUUUUGACUGAUAAUUUUAGUGAUUAAUUUUUAAUAUAAUUGUCCAAAAACUUGAUUGAAGAGAAAUUUGCACCUGAACAAAUUAUAUUUAAAUAAGAUGAAGUAAGUGAUUAUCUAUACAUACUUCAAAAAGGAGAAGUGUAAUUUUAUGUUACACUCAAAAAUAAAUAAGAAUCAUAAAAAGUAUUGGAAUCAUAUUCAGGAGAUUCAUAGCCUUUUGGAGUUUUGGAGUUCUUUUAGAAGUAGAAUUAUUAAGUAUCUUGCAAAUCCACCUAAUUCACUUAUUUACUUAAAAUUCAUAGAAAUUAAGUCAUUGAAUUAUUACAAUAGAAUUCCAAAGACUACUCUACAUUUUGUUAAAUGAGAGAUUAAGUGGCCUUUUCAAAUGCCUAAGUUAUUGUUGAUGUUUCAUGUCGAGCAUGCAAUAAAACCUCACAUGUAAUUAGAGAAUGUCCAUUGGUUUGUGGAUAUCCAAACAGAUCAAAGGUUCUUUUGAAUUACAGAAGAAAUGUUCCAUCUGAUAGAGUUCAAUAUAGGCGAUCUUUGAAUAGGAGAGUUGAUACCUUAUUAGAAUCUCAUGAUGUUAAGAACAGUAUUUUAUUGUUUAUAUGCAAAAACAAACUGAUUGAAGAACUUCAAUAUAAGACUGAUUAUGAAGAGUAGGAGGAAUCAGAGGAAGAAAGUUUAAAUUCUUUUAAAGUAGGCUACAAGUUGACUAUUACACAAUAGAUUGAAUCAAAAAGACCAUUAUCCUUUUAGGGCUGUAACGAUGCUUUACAAGAUGAAGAGUUGCAAGAUAAAAUAAAGGAAAUUGUAAAAUAUUUCAAAAAAAAAUAACUAAGUGAUGUAUCUUCAGAGAUUAAAUAAGGAAAUAAGUUGGAAGGUGACAAGACCAUGAAUUUUAAUUCAUUAAUGAAAGGGUCCGAAACUCAAAAUUUGUAAUUUCUAAAAUAAUAAUCAAGUCCUUCAGAUUAGGUCUAAUAGGAUUCAAAUAGAAGAGGAUCAAGAACAACCCAACCAAAAGCUCGAAACUUAUUUGAUAUUGUUAUUCAAGGCUCAUUUUUAUCUCCUCAAAAUAAAUUGCCAUCUUAUGAAUAAUAAACAUAUGAAGAUGAAUAUGGAAAAAAAAGAGGAUAGUAUAUCGAGUUAUUUGAAGAGUUUGAAAGAUUUAAAAAUUUUGAUAACUAUCUAUAACAUAACAAUUUGGCAGCAAUAAUCAGAAGAAGAGAGAGAAAAAAUAAAUAUAUAUGA